AGUCGUCAACCCUCGCAUCAUUACGCGUCACAACAAGCUCGACAGGGUUCCUACGCGACCUCCUCUGGCGACCGGUCCCGCUCCCGUGAAUCCACCUCACCCACCGGUUCGCCCGACCACUCUCGAUCUUCCCGGGCUGGAAGCCAUGCAGCGGACCUAACGUCCGGUGGCGAGCACCGUGUUAGCCCAGCGGGGGCAUCCGCUUCGACCGAAACUCUGUCUCCCAACCGCCGCCGGACUCGAGUCCUCAUGACAAGAGUGCAGUCCGAAGCUCUCAACCGUCUUUGGGGCCUAGUAAGAUCUGGCGACGAGUUUUCUAACAUAGCAGACUAUGUUCCCAUCCACCAGCGAAAGAGAGACCUUGGCGCAGCAAAUUGGAUUGACCUCUCGUCAAGUGCAAGUCUGGUUCCAGAAUCAGCGCCAGAAGCGCCGUCGAGAGCGUGAGACCGAUGAUGCUGUUCAUACGCAACUCCUUCCCGACUUGCUUGGGCACUCGAUGGGAUGGCCAACGUCUGCCAUUCCCGUUCAUCCUUCGCAGGCACGCAUCACACGGAUUUCUGCGUCGUACCCCCCGCCCCCACACGGUCCUCCUCCCAACUACCAUCUAGCAUCUCAGACGAUGCUGCCGACGAGAGCUCUGACGCAUCCACCUCUUUACCGCCACGAGCGACCGCCUGACGACUUUCAACGUGGACUGAGCGACUCGCAAAUACCCCUUGCGGGGAGGCACAUUACUUCUGAUGUCCCCAGCGCUUGGCGUCAUCCCUCGUCUCGCAGCGGUAGCUUUAGCGGCGCACACGCAGCGUUUAGAGGAUACGACAGGAGCGAUGAGUUUGUAGGAGCAUCCGCAAUCCACGAAUCGCACAUUGGUCCGCUUCGUCGACCUCGCUCAAUGUCCACCUCCCAGCAACUCUACCGAUGGGCAUCUCAAGUGGACAACUCACCACCUUCGUCUCGGGAUGCCAUGUUGGGCUCAAGCAUGCCGGCUCACUCGGCAUAUGCUCACGCAGACGGUCUUAGCACCGAGCAGUGGCCUCAAGACGACCGCUACGACCGCUACGUAGGCUCCACGAAUCCAGGGAUACGCGAUCAGAGAGACUCAAACUCAGCUCCAGCUCGGGAGUCCCAGCUACCGCCUUCUUUGAUGCCGAUGGUUAUUGACUCGCCUCGAGCGGGGCCCGAAGCGAUCACUUUGCAGCCCCUCCACUUCCGCGCAAGUCAGGUAAACGAAUCAAUGGCUGCUUCCUCUCCCUUGUCCGACCGCGCCUUCAGCCCUCGCGCACGGCCACGGCCACAUCGACGAGCGAGCAGCGAUUGCGACGAUGGCCAAGGAUCAUCUCAAAUCAGCGUCGCAGAUCUCAUCAAUUAAUUCACUUCGCUCACCUGUGUCAUGCGCUCACCCACACGCCACAGUCUUCACUGUACCACUUAACGCACGUGUCUCCAUGAUUCCGAUUUCUCCAGGCGUUUUUGGUCAUCCUUUAUAGUCGACGUGAACUCGUUCGAGCGACAUCGUUUUACCCAGCCUCAACGUUUUCAACCAUCACGCACAUCGGAGCAGUCUCUUCAUCAAAAGUCUUUUGCUGAGGGGUUACUCAGUCCAAGCAAGACCAGAUGUAUCAUAGUGUCACAAUACACCUC